GACCACUGUGCUGGCGGCUACCUCGGGGAGCACUGGGCACCCAAAGGAGCCCAUCUUCCUGGAAGAGAAAACCAGAGGUGACCACGUCUCUUUUCGGUCACAGCUUUAAUGUGUUUAGUCAUCAAAAUUCUCUUGAGCUUUUACUUGAAGGGAGCUAGACUGGUCUGGCCUGGCUGGGUGUCUGCUGUUCGUGCCGGGCCUGGCCACCCUCUGGCACUGCACGGCCGACACCCUCCCCCCCUCCAGAAGUCAGAGCAGCAGGGUCCAGGGCACCCCGGGGAGGGUCGGCACCUCUUCCUGGUCCCCUGCAAGACGGCAGCCACAGCCCUGAGAACCCGGCCCAUGUGGUGAGAUUGUCAAGCUAAAGAAAGAAACUCGAAGACACAGGCCGUCUGGAACAGAAGAUUGUCACUGGGAAGAGCAGAGGGCUGCAGCCCCGGGCAGUGCAGCGGGCUGUGGAAUCACAGGGCACCCAGGAAAGCCAGAACCAGGGGGAGUUUUCAAAGGCAAGGAGUCCAGCAAACCGCCUGGACGCACCUCCCAGCCUCAGGAGCUCCUGGGGGACAGCCCUUGCGAGGUUCUGUCCCAGGCUGGGUGUCUUUACCUGGAACCCUGCAGGCCGGAGCGUGGACAGACGCUCUGUUCCAACCAACCACGCUCCAUUCCAACCAACGGUCUGCAGGGUGGAGAGAAGCAGGCAGGUGAGAGGUGAGUUCCAGAGAACAAGUGAGGGUUCAGGCUUUAUAGCAAAAGUCCCACCUACGUUUCCAAUCAGGUUCAUUUAUGCAAAUAAGUAUUGACACUUGCUUAGUUCUGAUUGGUCGGUGCAGCUGAGCCCUGAUUGGUUGACACAGUAAACUCUGGCUGGUGGGGUUGAGGUGGCAGACGCCUAAAGAUGAAAAGGUGUUUGAGGGACUCAGAGCAGCAGGUGCCACCCUUAGUCAGCAAGUGGACUCUCGGCUCUAACUUAAAUUUAGGCCCAACUGGGGACCUAAAUUUAAAUGGAUGGCCCACCGAGGCCAUCUUGAAAGACUGGCUGUUUCAGGUUCACCUAUGUUCAUUUGUUCUCAAGAGGAAAUUCCUGUGCUAAGCUGUGUGCUGCUGGCCAGGAGUGGAGGAGCCGCGCAGGGUCCACCACGGGCUUGUGUCGGUUCUGAUGCCAAGUGUCCCAAGGAGACAAGGUUGGAAGCCACAGACCUGGCCAUCCACACCCCUGGGGGACCCCACCGGCAGGAGCAACAAGCCUGGUCUGACAGGGACCUGGAAAACCAAACUGCCGCCUGCUCCGUCCCUCCAUCUUGCUCCUGAUGGCGCUGGUCCUCGUCCUCCUUGGCUACGGGAUCCUGAGCCCCGGAGGCCGCAUGCUGGGGAGCCUGGGAGCCGGCACGGCCGUCAGAGAACCCGACAGGCUGCAAGUGGUCACGCAGUCCAGGAUGGCCUACCCGCAGCCGAAGGUGCUGACGCCCUCUCGGACAGACGUCCUGGUCCUGACCCCCUGGCUGGCUCCCAUCGUCUGGGAGGGGACGUUCAACAGUGACAUCCUCAAUGUGCAGUUCCAGCUCCAGAACACCACCGUUGGAUUAACUGUGUUUGCCAUCAAAAAGUACGUGGUCUUCCUGAAGCUGUUCCUGGAGACGGCGGAGAAGCACUUCAUGGCCGGGCACCGCGUCAUCUACUACGUGUUCACCGACCGGCCGGACGCGGUGCCGCGCGUGGCGCUCGGGCCGGGCCGGCGGCUGCAGGUGCUGCGCGCGCGGCCCUACGCGCGCUGGCAGGACGUGUCCAUGCGGCGCAUGCAGAUGCUCAGCGAGGCCGCGGAGCAGCGCUUCCUGCGCGAGGUGGACUACCUGGUGUGCGCCGACGUGGACAUGCAGUUCCACGACCACGUGGGCGUGGAGAUCCUGUCGCCCCUCUUCGGCACCCUGCACCCCGCCUUCUACGGGCGUCCCCGCGAAGCCUUCACCUACGAGCGCCGGCCGCAGUCCCAGGCCCACAUCCCCUGGGACGAGGGCGACUUUUACUACAUGGGCGCCUUCUUCGGGGGGUCGGUGCCCGAGGUGCAGCGGCUCACCAAGGCCUGCCACCAGGCCAUGCUGGCCGACCGCGCCAACGGCAUCGAGGCGGUGUGGCACGACGAGAGCCACCUGAACAAGUACCUGCUGUACCACAAGCCCACCAAGGUGCUGUCCCCCGAGUACAUGUGGGACCAGCAGCUGCUGGGCUGGCCCUCGGUCCUGCGGAAGCUCAGGUUCGUGGCAGUGCCCAAGAACCACCAGGAGAUCCGGAAGUCUGAAUCUGGGGGCCAGCCCACCGGCUCCCCGGAAGGCGCAGGACGGGCUGGCCGGGCUGCAGGAAACUAGAACCGGUUUCAGGGGAAAGGGUGCAACUCUGCUCCCUUUUUCUUUCCUGCUGGGAGAAAUCGCUGAAGCCUAACACUCAG